AUGAAAAACUUUUGUCACGUUUUACUUGUAGCUCUGUUAAGCUAUAUGCUGCCUGUGCUUGCUCUUCCAUCCUAUAAUUGUUAUGGCGAGCAAGUAAGUGGGGAAACAAUACAACUGAUGAUUGACGAAAAAUUCCGUGAUCUCACUGAAGGUGCAAAAAAUCUUCAUCUUUUCAAAAAAGGGCAGUAUUUUGGUUCUGCAGCGCUCGAUAUAAAAUCGACUCUCGAAAAAACACCAAUAGACAAUGAUGUUACAGUUUUGGCGGCAUUUCAUAUUGAGAAAACACUCCUUAAGAUACAAGCUUCAGUGUUGGGGAAUGUUACGCCAUGUGAAGAAAUUAAACAAAGCAAAAAUUCUUAG